CAGUCAUCAGUUCGUCCCUUCGAUCCUAUCUACCGCCUUCUCGAGCGAGGAGCGACGUCCCCAUCCGUCCCACUCCCACCUUCUGGAGUUCUGGUCGUGCUCGUGCCCCCACCGGCGCACCGCGAGGAGAGCUUCGCAAUCCGCCGCGGCUUGUCUCGUCUCUCGCCAGGAAUCCCCGCGCCGGCUGCGGAAUUUCGCGGCCGGAGCAGCUCGUGAAAAAAAUGGCCUCCACGGCGUCGUGCGCCCGAUCCUAUGUGCUUGUUUCAUGACUCUGAUGUUGUUCCUUCGGUUGAACAGCAUCCAUGGUAGGUACAGGACUUCUGGGUUGCCUUGUGAUACUUCGCUUCUACCGACUGCUACGUCAAACAGUUUAAGGACAAUCAGAUCCAUUCGCUUGGAAAAUACCCACCAAUUCAGAAACCUUCAUGUAUCUUAUGCUGGGGGUGAUUCAUCAGAGAAUGUUAUUAUAAAUGGGAAGGCCAAUCCAUCUAAUUCAGUUCAAGCAGAUGUUGCUGCACUUGGGACCAUUGCAGCUGAUAUGGCUCCUGUUGUUGAUGGGUUUUCUGCUGAUGAUGAUGAGCUUGACCUAGACAGCCCGACAGAGGGUUUCUCAUCUAUACCUGAAGCUAUUGAUGACAUUCGUCAAGGAAAAUACGUCAUUGUUGUGGAUGAUGAAGACAGAGAGAAUGAAGGUGAUCUUAUAAUGGCAGCAUCAAAGGUCACACCUGAAGCUAUGGCUUUUAUAGUGAGGCAUGGCACUGGGAUUGUUUGUGUCAGCAUGAAAGAAGAGGAUCUGGAAAGGCUACAACUUCCUCUUAUGGUGACGGCAAAGGAAAAUGAAGAGAAACUGCGAACUGCCUUCACUGUUUCAGUAGAUGCCAAAGAGGGAACAACAACUGGGGUUUCAGCUAAGGACCGGGCAAACACAAUACUAGCACUUGCAUCUCCUAAUUCCAAGCCUGAGGACUUCAACCGGCCAGGACAUAUUUUUCCUCUUAAAUAUAGAGAAGGUGGUGUGCUGAAAAGGGCUGGACAUACUGAAGCAUCAGUGGAUCUUGCUAUGUUGGCUGGGUUACCUCCUGUUGCAGUUCUUUGUGAAAUUGUUGAUGAUGAUGAUGGCUCCAUGGCUUUAUUACCGAAACUGCAACAAUUUGCUAAGAGGGAGAACCUGAAGAUAAUAUCAAUCGCAGAUCUGAUAAGAUAUAGGAGGAAGAGAGACAGAUUGGUAGAAUGUGUUUGUGUUACACCUUUGCAGUUGCAAUGGGGAUCGUUUAAAGCCUAUUGCUAUAGAUCUCUUAUUGAUGGGAUGGAACACAUUGCCAUGGUGAAGGGUGAUGUUGGCGAUGGCCAGGAUAUCCUAGUAAGAGUGCAUUCGGAGUGCCUAACUGGUGACAUAUUUGGGUCUGCGAGAUGCGACUGUGGGAAUCAACUUGCUCUGGCAAUGACCAUGAUUGAGAAAACUGGCCGGGGUGUAGUAGUUUAUCUUCGUGGUCAUGAAGGCAGGGGCAUUGGGCUGGGUCACAAGCUUCGGGCUUACAACUUACAGGAUGAUGGGCGGGAUACUGUUGAGGCUAACUUGGAGCUAGGACUGCCUGCUGACUCCCGGGAGUAUGGUAUAGGUGCACAGAUACUACGCGACCUUGGUGUCAGGACUAUGCGGCUGAUGACUAAUAACCCUGCGAAAUACACUGGACUCAAGGGUUAUGGUUUAAGUGUCCUGGGCAGAGUGCCGUUGCUUACACCGAUAACCAAUGAGAAUCGGCGCUAUAUGGAAACGAAGCGACUAAAGAUGGGGCAUGUUUAUGGAACCCGCCCUAGUGGUCAUACAAGUGGCAGUUGCAUGACUGAUGAUGGCGCGAAAGAGGAGGGCGGGCAAGAGCAAACUCCAGAAGCUUAACUGCAUAUAUCCGUGUUACUUCUGGCAGUAAAUAGAAUCCCCAAUUCCAUUGCAAUAUCUUUUAUCCUUCGCUGCUGCUCAAGUUUUGGUCUCGCAAGUCCUGUCAGUGUUGUUGAGGUUGAUACCCAAACUACACCGUGGUUUGAGGAACUGGUGCAAGCAUUCUCAUGGAAAGUAAAGUAAAGGAUAUGCUCUCUUCGAUUCUUUGAUGCUUUUAUUUAUUUAUUUUGGAGACAGUUGACGUAUUCAGCUGUUGGACGUUUGUAUGAGCGUAGUGACAUUGUGUACCAUACUGUUGUGUUCUGAAAUGAACUUCGAUGACUGCAGUAUUUGGCACGGACAUUUUCGGUUCAACGUUUA